UUAUCGAUACUCGAUAGUAUCUGAAGUCAAAAAUAAAGAGAAGGAGAACUAACCUCACAUCUUUAAACUACUUCCAUAAAUGUAGGAGAUUUUAAUUGAAUUUAGUAAGUCUUGAUUAUAAAAAUGGCUUCACGUUUUUGUAAAUUAGUGAUAAGUGACAUAAAUUUAAUAAAAUCGAAUAAUGUCAGGUUCUAUCCAGCUAUCAAGGUGUAUGGAAAGCCGCCGCAUUUGGCCAAGAAUUUCGAAACCAAACUUGCAGAAAUGAACUACAAGGAUCCAGCCAUUUAUUACAAAGUUGAUAUUGGAUUGCCGUUUCCAGCGCGAGACCGUAGAGAAAUAACCAAAACAAGAUUGAAGUUUCUAAGAGAGCAGAGAAAGAAUUCAGACAUUGAAAUUAUCUCUAAUCGCGGUGAACAUAUAAUCCCCUUAGCUGACGUAUCUGUGGAAUGGCAGAGAACAAUCGGCCCUUUCCAUUUGAAGAACGUAGCAGAGCACUAUGGGAUUUUCAAUGAUCUUUUCGGAGAUGCCUACUUCUAUCCGCAAGUGCCAUUGGAUAUUAGUUUCAGGCAUGGGGAUGACUUAAUUCCUGUUUUCAGAGGGAAUGACGUAAAGCCGUCCCAGGCGACUCAAGCACCUGAAGUGAACUAUGAGGCAGAUGCCGAUACACUGUGGACACUCAUAUUGACAAAUCCUGACGGCCAUCUAUCCAAAGAAAAUUCCGAAUACGUUCAUUGGUUUAUAGGCAAUAUACCUGGAAAUGAUUUGAAAAAGGGAGAGGUAGUGUGGGACUACUUGCAGCCUUUCCCUCCAUUUGGAACUGGCUUCCAUCGAUUUGUUUUCGUACUCUACAAGCAGGAGAAGAGGAUCGACUAUUCGAAACUGAAAAAGGCGGCUCCUUGCCUGGAUCUGAACGAGAGGACUUUUGUGACGUACGACUUCUACCGAGAGCACCAGGAUGAUCUGACGCCGGGCGGUCUGGCGUUCUUCCAGUGCGACUGGGACUCCUCACUCACCGACUUCUUCCACAAAACACUCGACAUGAAGGAGCCAGUAUUCGAGUAUGACUUCCCACCACCCUACAUCAGAAAACAGGAAUGGUUUCCCAGGAGGAUGCCGUUCAACAUAUACCUCGAUAAAUACAGAGACCAAAAGGAGGUUUCCAAGGACAUUCUGUUGAGGAAACUGAAGAAUGUGCAUCCAUUCAAGAAGGCGCCGCCACAAUUGCCAUUCCCCAAUGCUGUGCCCAUUGAUAAGAAAGUGCCGUCUUGGCUUGUCGACGAAAUUAAAAGGGAACGACAAGGGUGGGGCAGAGCUGUUUAUCAUAAUGAAGAAUAAAUUUUCAAAAUAUACUCACAUAAUUCAAUUAUGUAUUGUUAUAAGUUAGUUAAAAUAGUUAAUAAACUACUUUUUACUCUA